AUGUCAGAUACAGACCUUGAUAAGAGGAUAGUAUAUCUUGCCUAUCGCGACAUUUUCAAAGAUAAACUUGCAAAGCUAAGGAAACGGAGUAAGAUACGCAAGGUAGUGGAGAAGCACAAAGAUCACCUCUACUAUGAGCAAUCCGCCGUAUCAGUGGAUACGAGGAAAACCUGCAGGAUUUUAGGAGAUCUUCUAGCAGCGGGUUUAUUUGAAUCAAAGUCAGCAGCGGAGGCUACUUUCCCCACGCUCUUGUCGCCUAGUGGGCUUGGAAGCGAUACUACUAUGCCAAAUAGUACUUCAUCAGAGAGUGCUCCGGUGGCCAGACAGUAUCGCGUUGACAGAAAGUCGGGACGCAUCAGAAAGCCGACUCGAGUUACGACAAAACCCAUCAGGGCCAAGCUGAAAGUGGGCGAUGGAAAGGAGGCUGUGCCCAAGGAAGUUUUCUGCGAAGAAGGGGAGGGUAGAACCCACCAGCUGAUUGAUAAUUCCCGCCACAACGCGUGUCCUCGGUGUCCUUAUGUUGCCGAUUUCGACACGGAAAGACAACUUGAUCAACAUCAUUGUAUACAUAACAGUGGCACCGGCUCCCGGAUUAGUUCGAAUGCUCUCUCUAUUAAAGAAAUUCUAGUCGAAUACCUUGGCCUCGAUCGCUCGGUUAUUACACCCGUCUUUGCCUUCGCUGUUCGUCAUCGUUCCCAGCAACCUACAGUUGAUUUCAUUGUCAGGCAUACCAAAACAACUCUAGAUGAAGCAAUCGUCUCUGCGCUACUUGCCGCUGCUCUACGUCUGUUGCCAGUCGAAAACACGCCACAAGGUGUGGCUAGGCGAAUCGAGAAGCAAAGAGUACGGACGGUUGAGGCGCAGAUUGCUGAGGAUGCCUUCGUAGCAGGCUUCAGGCGCCUUGGAUAUGACUUUCUCACUGAGAACGAACAAAAGGCCUCAUGCCGCUCGCCGACCUUGACCCCGGACAUACGAUUCAAAGCACCGACCCUAGUCUGCGGCCAUCUGUGUUGGUGGGUGGAGUACAAGGACUUCUUCGGUUUCCGAGCGAACCCUUUUGUGGCGCGCUCGAACAAGAAGCAAUUCAGGAGGUAUACGAUGGAAAUUGGUCCCGGUGCUGUCGUCUACAAACUUGGAUUUGAGACCGGAUACGUUGAUAUUGAGGGUGUGAAGGUACUUCGUGAAAGAGAGGCGACCCAAAGUUUGACGGCGCAGCCAGUGCACUAG